CCGCUCGACACUCCAAGUCAAGCUACACAUGACACGAGAUGACCUUCUGUUCACAAUGGACUCCUAGUGGAUACAUUAUGCUGUGCAUUGGCGUGCUUUCCAUCUUCAAGAGACUGCUCCAGGACGCCCUGUUACGCCUAGCAAUCUUACAACUGCUUGAUGAGCCAUACUCGAUGCACGUGCCUCUUAUAGAGGGCAUUAGUAUUCAUGCAAAACUUGUUUUUAUGGUUCAUGCGUGACAUUGUGCGUGGUGUUGAAAAAGGUCGCUCACUUCCGAUCCGUGGAUUGCAAGGCUUUCUUCCAAUGCAUGAGGCAGUACGACCUGCCAUCAACGCCUUUGAAAUACUCCGCGUCUCUGUUCAGACAGUAGAGGUGAUGCACCUGAAUCUCGUUCAUGUUUCAAACAGGAACAAGCAAGCAAGCAGACUACAACCACAUAUGGAAUUUCAGGUCCAGAUGCUCCGCAACUUGCUCCUGCGGUCACCAUCAAACAAGGAACGAUUGCAGAACGAAAACGACUGGGUGCAUAACAUGAUUGCGCAGCAGGACAGUCAGGCCAUGACAGGUCUAGGGGAAGCAGCAAAGCGGGAUAGUGGAGCCGUGAAGACAAUUGCAGUGGUGACUAUGGCGUCCCUGCCUCCAACGUUCUUAUCGGGCCCGUCGUCACAUAAAGUACCCAGGUAUACUAACACAAAUCAGGCUAUUUUCAGUAUGAACUUCUCUGACGAUUCACCCGCACCAGAUACAAUGGGAUGGUCAGUAUCUGACAAGUUCUGGGUAUACUGGGCAUGCGCCGUGCCGUUGACUUGUCUGAUGCUGGCCAUCUGGUUCUGGGGCCAGAGACUGUCAGGAGCGCGAAGUCAAUGAAAACACCUGUCGGCACCAGCCAGUCCACCUCAGAUAAGCGGCUGGAAGCAAAGCAUGUCUCAC